UUUCCCAAUUAAGUAUUUAAUCCACCUGGAGAUUAUUUUUGUAUCUAGUGUGAGGUAGGAUCCAAAUUUAUUAUUUUUAAUUUUGUAGUUUAUUUUAAUUCUGCCCUUUUUUUAUAUCAAGUUUCUGUGGAAUUGUGGAAUUGUGGAAUUGUUUCUGGGUGCUCUGGUCUGUUCCAGUGAUCUCUUUCUCAGUUCCUUCAAUACCAUACAUGUUGGUUUUGGCUUGAAAUAAACGGGCAUCCAGGAGAUUGAUGGAAUAAUGUACCUCUCUGACAUCUCAAGUACAAAAGUUAAGUAAAAGGGACGGAUGCUCAUUUCCUGAAGGAAGACACAGUUUGGACUGAGAACGGCAUUCUGACAUUCUUUAGACAAAGCAGUGCCUCCCCAACAGAUUGUCAAUCACUUUUCUCAUAAGUUUCUUACAUUUGACUGGAUCUUCUUUAAAUUUUUCUAGGUUGUUCAGCUUGACCCUGAAGAAGCUCGUCAUGUUAAAAGAAAUGGACAAAGAUCUUAACUCAGUGGUCAUUGCUGUGAAGCUACAGGGUUCAAAAAGGAUUCUUCGUUCCAACGAGAUCAUCCUUCCAGCCAGUGGGCUGGUGGAAACAGAGCUCCAGUUAACCUUCUCCCUCCAGUACCCUCACUUCCUGAAGCGAGAUGCCAACAAGCUGCAGAUCAUGUUGCAGCGGAGAAAACGCUACAAGAACCGGACUAUCUUGGGCUAUAAGACCCUGGCUGUGGGACUCAUCAAUAUGGCAGAGGUGAUGCAGCACCCAAACGAAGGCGCUCUGGUGCUGGGCCUACACAGCAACGUGAAGGACGUCUCUGUGCCUGUGGCAGAAAUAAAGAUCUACUCCCUGUCCAGCCAGCCCAUUGACCAUGAAGGAAUCAAAUCCAAGCUGUCCGAUCGUUCUCCUGAUAUUGACAAUUACUCUGAGGAAGAGGAGGAGAGUUUCUCAUCAGAACAGGAAGGCAGUGAUGACCCGCUGCACGGGCAGGACCUGUUCUAUGAAGAUGAGGAUCUACGGAAAGUGAAGAAGACCCGGAGGAAACUCACCUCAGCCUCCGCCAUCACAAGGCAACCUAACAUCAAACAGAAGUUUGUGGCCCUCCUGAAGCGGUUUAAAGUUUCAGAUGAGGUGGGCUUUGGGCUAGAACAUGUGUCCCGGGAGCAGAUCCGCGAGGUAGAGGAGGACUUGGAUGAACUGUAUGACAGUCUGGAGAUGUACAACCCCAGUGACAGUGGCCCUGAAAUGGAGGAGACCGAGAGCAUCCUUAGCACUCCAAAGCCGAAGCUCAAGCCCUUCUUUGAGGGGAUGUCGCAGUCCAGCUCACAGACGGAGAUUGGCAGCCUCAACAGCAAGGGCAGCCUCGGCAAGGACACCACCAGCCCUAUGGAAUUGGCUGCUCUAGAAAAAGUCAAAUCUGCUUGGAUUAAAAAUCAAGAUGACAGCUUGACUGAAACAGACACUCUGGAGAUCACUGACCAGGACAUGUUUGGAGAGGGGAGCACGAGUCUGGUUGUGCCAGAGAAAGUCAAAACUCCCAUGAAGUCCAGCAAAACAGAUCUCCAAGGCUCUGCCUCACCCAGCAAAGUGGAAGGAGGGCAUACUCCUCGGCAGAAGAGGAGCACGCCCCUGAAGGAGCGGCAGCUCUCCAAGCCCCUGAGUGAGAGGACCAACAGCUCCGACAGUGAGCGGUCCCCUGACCUGGGCCACAGCACACAGAUUCCAAGAAAGGUGGUAUAUGACCAGCUGAAUCAGAUCCUGGUGUCGGAUGCAGCCCUCCCAGAAAAUGUCAUCCUUGUGAACACCACUGAUUGGCAAGGCCAGUAUGUGGCGGAGCUGCUCCAGGACCAGCGGAAGCCCGUUGUGUGCACCUGCUCCACCGUGGAGGUCCAGGCAGUGCUGGCUGCCCUGCUCACCCGUAUCCAGCGCUACUGCAACUGCAACUCCUCCAUGCCAAGGCCGGUGAAGGUGGCAGCACUGGGCAGCCAGACAUACCUGAGCUGCAUCCUCCGCUUCUUUGUCAAGUCGCUGGCCAGCAAGACCUCUGACUGGCUUGGCUACAUGCGCUUCCUCAUCAUUCCCCUCGGUUCUCACCCCGUGGCCAAAUACUUGGGCUCAGUCGACAGUAGGUAUAGCAGCACCUUCCUUGAUUCUGGCUGGAGAGACCUGUUCAGUCGCUCGGAGCCCCCAGUGUCAGAGCAACUGGACGUGGUGGGGCGGGUGAUGCAGUACGUCAACGGGGCAGGCGUGACGCACCAGCUUCCCGUGGCUGAAGCCAUGCUGACCUGCAGGCAUAAGUUCCCUGAUGAAGACUCAUAUCAGAAGUUUAUCCCCUUCAUUGGCGUGGUGAAGGUGGGUCUUGUUGAAGACUCUCCUUCUGCUACAGGCGAUGGGGACGACUCACCUGUGGUCAGCCUUACUGUGCCCUCCACAUCCCCACCCUCCAGCUCAGGCCUCAGUCGAGAUGCCACGGCCACUCCACCUUCCUCCCCAUCCAUGAGCAGUGCUCUCGCCGUUGUGGGGAGCCCCAACAGUCCAUAUGGGGACGUGAUUGGCCUCCAGGUGGACUACUGGCUGGGCCACCCUGGGGAGCGGAGGAGGGAAGGCGACAAGAGAGAUGCCAGCUCCAAGAACACCCUCAAGAGCGUCUUCCGCUCAGUGCAGGUUUCCCGCUUGCCCCAUGGUGGGGAGGCCCAGCUUUCUGGCACCAUGGCAAUGACUGUCGUCACCAAAGAAAAGAACAAGAAAGUUCCCACCAUCUUCCUGAGCAAGAAGCCUCGAGAAAAGGAGGUGGAUUCUAAGAGCCAAGUCAUCGAAGGCAUCAGCCGCCUCAUCUGCUCUGCCAAGCAGCAGCAGACCAUGCUGAGAGUAUCCAUCGAUGGCGUUGAGUGGAGUGACAUCAAGUUUUUCCAGCUGGCAGCCCAGUGGCCCACCCAUGUCAAGCACUUUCCAGUGGGACUGUUCAGUGGCAGCAAGACCACCUGAGGGCACUGUCUCUUGGCCACUCCCUUCUGGCACUACCACCUGUCUCACCGCCUGUGGGCAGGGGGAGGCCAGCAGGCCCAGGCUCAGCACCCCCUUUUCUGGCCCUGGGGCCUGCAUCUCCCUUGCCAUCCUGCCAUCCUGAAGGACAAUGCUACUGGGGUCCCUGCCCUGUUCCCCUCUGCUCAGGUCCAUCCCUGGGUAGACCACUCUCUCCUCUCCACUCCUCCCCUGCUGGCCUGAGGCAUUCCCUGGAAUUAAGUCCUCUUGGCCUGCCUUCCCCAGACUUCCAACCUCUUUCUCCCAGUGGCACCAGUUCCUUUCCUGGAAAUAGGAAACCUGGAAUCCUGGCCCAAAGCAGGGAGUCCAGCCCUCCUCCCAUUUUCUACAGCCCAGCUGCCAGUUGCUGCUCAGCCUGAGCCCACGGGACCCCUCCCCUCAGUCGCAGGGGCAGCUCCCACCCCUUCCUCUCCCCAGGACAGUUUCUGUGGCGGCGCUGUAUAUCUCUGUGACAGAGAGGCCUUCCUGGUCUCCCACACACACAUGUCCUCACCACCCCCAGGUUCCCUGUAGAUUUGGCCUGUGUCCUGAGCAUUUCUUUGGUUUGCUGCACGGCCAGUCUCUUGGUAGUUCAUGCAGUGCACCUGGGCACCAGUCCCUGUCCGUGCCCCGAGGCUCCUGUGUUGUUUCUCCCUCUGCCUCCCACCCCCUUCACCCAGCACAACUCUGCCUCUUCCUGAAACUCUGGACUCUGCAGAGCUGGGAGACAGCCCCCCACCAGUGUAUUGUCUGUGGCCCCCAAGCCCUUUAUUUCCUGUUCCCCCCCAUGCCCAUUUGUCUCCCUUUCCCUGGUCUGCUGUUCUCCACCUCAACUCCUGGGCCCCUGGUCAUCCUCCCAGCCCCAGGUCCCUUCAGCAGGCUCCAUUCCUUCCCUCACCAGGGCUUCAGGGUCUGAGCCCCUCCUCCGCCUCUACCAUCAGCCUUCUCAAAAGAGGCUGAGCACAGUGGGUUGGGGUCCCAGAUGCAGCCCUACGUCCCCCACCAGCACCUCCAGAACUUUACCAUUGCCCUCUCACCCCUUCCAGAAGUUUGCACAGAACUUCAUUUUGAAAACUCCCUCUCAUUCUCCAGGCCUCCCCCAAGCUCCUCCAGCCCUCACCCAUGGCUCAGCCCCACUGUCCAAAGCAUCUCCAGGCUGUGCCGCUCUCCCUGCCAGAGAGGGCGGAGUGGGAGGGUCUGGGUGGAUGCUGGAUUUUUCAUUCAAUAAACCGGUGGUUUCUUACCAACUA